CUGAAAAAUAUUUCUCUAAAUUCUGCGUUCGUAAUAAAUUUGAUAUUUUCUGUCAACGAAUUUGGAGGCCACGAUUGCUUUGUGAAAUAACCAGCCAUCAAAUCGACAAAAUGAGAAGACCGAUGGAACGGAAUGUGCUUCACGUGCUUCUGAUACUUUUCACAGCGACGCUGGCGAGAUGCGCUUUGCUGGAGAUGUCUCGGAUGCUCUGGAACAGGACGGUGUCCGGAGGUCUGACGAAGGUAGGCAGACUGGACCCGUUGAGAGUGCCGGUGAUCAAGGUGGAUCAGUCCGAAGGCGACACCAAUUACAGAAUAAUCCUGAGAAAUCUGGAGAUCGUCGGUCUCAACGAGUCGACUUUGGAGAGCAUCUACGUAGCUCGCGGCGCACCGAAGUCUAACUUGAGCGAGCUCGAGGCUGGAUAUGUGAGUUACAGCGACCUCAGAGACGUGGAUUCUGUCAAGUAUCAAUUUCACACUAUGAUGAGGGAACCCAGUGCGCCGAGGGAGAGCUUCGAAACCGUGAUUUCGCCUGUGAAUCGCGCCACUGACAUCAGGCCCUCAUCGCGCUAUCAAGAAGGUCGCUUCGACAGAUUGCAACAGGAUCAAUACGGCUCCAGGAUAUACGAACACAAUCCGCAAUACGACCGACAGAUACCUUUUCGACCUGACGCGACGUCCGAUGGCUUUUACAGAGGCAAUUUGAGAGCAACGAGCGACGAUGGGGCUGGAAACUUCGGAAAGCGUCCGGCUUAUGUUCAAUCCGCUUAUGCACAGAGAGCGAGAGACUUCCGAGGACAUCAAAGAAGUUCGUACGACGAAGACUGCGAAGGUACAGCGGGCUCACAAUUCACUGGAAAUCCGAAAAACAGCCGGCAGUACGAACAACGACAAAGUGGCAGACGAGGCGAGGAUGUCGAAGUUUCUGCAUCGGAAACAGUGGAGACUAGGUUGAAAAAUCGGGGUGAUGCAAGAGCGCCUGCGUUGUAUAACAGAGAACAGUUUCCGCAAUCGGAUAUCGUAGCUUCAGGCAAUUCUAGAUUAUCGACAGAUAGAAUGAAAGAGCGAUCGGGGUAUAUCGAUAUUGUCUACGCGGAUGAUAAGGCUAACGGAAGCGUAAAACAUUUCGGAAAUCUGGGUGUCGAUUCCAAAGAGAAUCGACGAGUAUAUGGCACCGAGGAUGUCAUAAAGAAUAUUCGGGAUAGCACAAGAUUUAUCAUAUACAAUUUCACGGAAGGCGAAGCCUUGAGGAAAAGAAACGACAUAGUUAAAGCUGCUAUGGAAGCUAAAAGAUUAAAAGAUUUAAUGAGGUAUGCGAAAAGCUAUCAGGAACAACAAGGAUACUUUGAGGAAGGCAUGCAGUUAAUCUAUCAUUACGGCGGAAUGAACGUGAAAGAUGAUAGCGUUUCCCAGAAUAUAAAGCUCAACGACACCAAGAGAAUAAAGCGGGCGCAUUCUGAAGAAGUAGCUGAAGAUGACGUGAUGCAUGUGAUUUUGAGAAUACGCGUGCCGUUACUUCGCGUAAAGUCUCAGUAUACACUUACGGGCAAGGUGGGAAGAGAAAUGUUACGUGGCAACGGCCUGUUCGCUGGAAACUUUACUGAGGUAGUGGGUGAUUUCACGCUAGAAUUGAAGAAAAUCAACGAAGAGCUAAUGAUCGUUCGCGCUGCCAGAGCGAAACUAUCCUCCAAGGACAAGAAGAUUAGUCUGCAAGGUAUAAAUGAGAAGGGGCCAGUACAAGCUAUUCUCAGUCACGGUUUAAUGGCUGCGGAGGCAGUCGCCGCGAUGCUCGCUGACGACUUCGCGACCAAAGGUCUCAGCGAAAAAACAGCCGACGCGCUGAUCUAUAGGAUGUACAAGGAUUUACCGGUUAAUUAAUCGAUUUGCUUGGCUGGUCAGGUAUUCGGAAACGGUCGAGAACUUUGCGCCUCCGGUUCUGUUCGCCGAUUUCACGUAUACUUUUUUAUUAUAGACGUUUAAUUAUUUAUUCAAUUCACUUCUUUAUUUGCAAAUUUGUCCGGAUUUAUUUAUUUAUUAUUAGAAUAUUGAUUUAUUUGUUUAGAGGUUACAAUUUUAAAUUACAAUGAUGUGCUUUAAUAGCGUCUAUUAGCAUUGUGCACGCGCGUUUAUCACUUUCCCUACAAUUUAUUUUUCUUUAUUUAUUUAUUUGCAUAUUGAAUAAAUAUUGUAUACGCAAGGUAUUUUAAUUUAGAAUGAAUGGGUAUUUUAACGUUACUUCCGUUGAAGUAAACGUGUGUCAAUAAAAUAAUUCUUAACAGGA